GUCGAAGUUGUGAAGCGUUGGAGACCGGUACUUGAUUUGCUGCCAGGCCCCGUUGACCAUCAUGGCACGACGACUUUUCACAGCGGCAGUAGCCAGCGGACUGGCAUCGUCGCUCUUCUUUUCUUCUCCUACAUAUGCUCAAAAUGCCAGCUCAACCACGACGAGCUGGCGACCUCUUUUCACUAUACCUGCCGAGGCCGAUGUCGGCGCAAACUUACUUCCGACUGCAAAUGACCCUCAAGCGGUUGAUGCCCAGACUGUGUGUCCUGGAUAUCAAGCUUCCAAUGUGGUGCGAACAGGGCUUGGCUUCACGGCUUCGUUGAGUCUUGCUGGACAAGCAUGCAAUGUCUACGGUACCGACAUUGAUAAGUUGAACUUGACGGUUGAGUAUCAAUCUGCCGAUCGAUUGAGUAUCAACAUUGUCCCGGCCGUGAUUGAUGCCUCAAAUUCGUCGCAGUACAUCUUGCCGGAGAGCCUAGUCCCUAAGCCUUCUGCGGAUGUUGAUGCCAAUGCCACAAGCGCUGAUAAUGACUUGGUCUUUACCUGGUCCAAUGACCCGAGUUUCUCAUUCACUGUGACUCGCAAAUCCACCGGUGACACUUUGUUCACCACAGAGGGGACCGUGCUUGUUUUUGAGAACCAGUUCAUCGAGUUCGUCUCUGCGCUCCCAGAGAACUACAACUUGUAUGGUCUGGGUGAACAUAUUCGACCCCUUCGUUUGGGUAACAAUUAUACGGCAACCAUGUACGCUGCUGAUGUUGGUGAUGUCGUUGAUAGAAAUCUCUACGGACAACAUCCAUUUUACCUGGAUACCCGCUAUUACCAAGUUGACAACAGCACGGGCAACUUGACGCUAAUCACUUCUCCUGCAAAUGAGACUGACGCUACUGCGGACUACGUUUCGUACUCGCAUGGUCUUUUCCUGCGCAAUUCGCACGGUCAGGAGAUCCUCCUGCACCCGCAGAACAUCACAUGGCGAACGAUCGGUGGUAGCAUAGAUUUGUACUUCUAUGCUGGUCCGACCCAACCUGAGGUCACUCGCAACUACCAGGUCAGCACAGUCGGACUUCCUGCAAUGCAGCAGUAUUUCACUUUUGGCUACCAUCAAUGCCGAUGGGGUUACCACAACUGGUCCGAGCUGGCCGAUGUUGUGUCCAACUUUGAGAGAUUUCAGAUUCCUUUGGAGAAUAUCUGGACCGACAUUGACUAUAUGAAAUUGUACCGUGAUUUCGAAAAUGACCCAAACACCUUUGGUUAUGCCGAAGGCAAGCAAUUCCUUGAUAGCUUGCACGCCAGCGGACGACACUAUAUCCCAAUUGUAGAUUCUGCAAUUUAUCGGCCCAACCCAGAGAACGCCACUGAUGCAUACCCAAUUUACGACCGCGGUGAUACUGUGCAAGCUUUUCUCAAGAACCCAGAUGGUAGCCAGUAUGUCGGUGCCGUGUGGCCCGGCUACACCGUUUUCCCUGACUGGCUCUCUGAGGGCGCGCACACCUGGUGGACCGAUGAAAUGACCAGAUGGUCAAAGAAUGUUUCAUUUGAUGGCAUCUGGAUUGAUAUGUCUGAGGUAUCAUCUUUCUGCAUUGGCAGCUGCGGCUCCAACAAUCUAACCUUGAACCCGGUGCACCCAUCGUUCUUGCUGCCUGGCGAGCCUGGCAAUGUUGACUACAACUAUCCUGAGGGAUUCAACAUUACCAACUCCACCGAAGCGGCCGCAGCUGCUUCUGCAUCCUCGAGCCAGUCCGCAUCCCUCGCCACUGCGUCUCCUACCACGACGCAAGCCUAUGUCCGCAUCACUGCCACACCCGGCGUGCGUGACGUCAACUACCCGCCAUACACGAUCAAUAACAACAACGGAGAGCUUGCAGUCCACGCCAUCUCGCCAAACGCCACUCAUAUUGACGGCACUCAGGAAUACGAGAUCCACAGUCUCUGGGGUUAUGGAAUCCUCAACGCCACCUACAAUGCCCUUCUCAACGUUUUCCCCGAGAAGCGUCCCUUUAUCAUUGGCCGCUCCACUUUUGCCGGCUCUGGAAAGUGGGCUGGACACUGGGGAGGUGACAAUUACUCCAAGUGGCUGUACAUGGUGCUCUCAAUUCCUCAAGCGCUGUCGUUCUCCCUCUUUGGAAUCCCCAUGUUUGGCGUCGACACAUGCGGUUUCGCGGGUAAUGCGGACGAAGAGCUCUGCAACAGAUGGAUGCAGUUGUCGGCUUUCUUCCCCUUUUACAGAAACCACAACACCCUCGCUUCCGCCUCUCAGGAGCCCUACAUCUGGUCUUCGGUCAUUGAUGCUUCCAAGACCGCCAUGGCUAUCCGCUACCAGCUUCUGCCGUACAUGUACACGCUCUUCUAUCUUGCCCACUCAACUGGCUCGACUGUGAUGCGUGCCCUGUCGUGGGAAUUCCCCAACGAGCCCGCCCUUGCCGGUGCUGACCGUCAAUUCCUCCUUGGUCCCUCACUCCUCAUUACUCCUGUCCUUGAGCCCCAGGCUACCACUGUCGACGGCGUCUUCCCUGGCGUUGGCCACGGUGAGGUCUGGUACGACUGGUACACCCAGACAGCCGUGAACGCGACCGCUGGCGCCAACACCACGAUCGAUGCUCCCCUGGGCCACAUCCCCGUCUUUGUGCGUGGCGGUAGUGUGCUUCCUAUGCAAGAGGCCGCUCAGACCACGCGCGACGCCCGCAACAGCCCCUGGAGCUUGCUCACCGCCUUGAGUCUGGAAAAGACUGCAUCUGGCCAGUUGUACGUUGACGACGGCGAGAGCGUCAAGCCAAAUUCCACUCUCUUUGUCGAGUUCGUCGCCAACCCCUCCGGCCUGACCGCCUCCUCGCGCGGCACAUACCAAGACAGCAACCCAUUGGCCAACAUUACCGUGCUGGGCUUCACAUCCCCUCCCUCCGCCAACCUGACGCUCAACGGCGCCCGCAUCCCCUCGUCGUCGGUCUCGUAUAACGCCACCUCCAAGGUCCUUGCCCUCACUGGUCUCCAGAACGUCACUGGCACAGCUAGUGCCUGGGCCAAGGACUGGAUUCUCAGGUGGUAAUUCCCUUGUAUGGUGAUUACCUUGUUUGGUGGGUAGAUAGUGUUUGGUGGUUCGAUGUGGUUGGUGGGUAGAUAUCUGUGUAGCAACUGGAGUUUAUCUAUCUCGCUAGGUGGUUUGUUAAAACCAUAGCCUGCAAAAUCAUCCUUAUAGUAUCUGCAGGGGAGGAAUGUCGCAAAAAAAAAAAAUAAAAUAAAAUAAAAUUAAGAAACUUACGCUUCGCAGCGAAAAAGUAACUGUGAAUAGUCGAUAUAGUCGAUAUUGGGAACGGGAAAAUGGGGGAAAGGGGAAAAAGCGGAGGAUUGGAUAGUAUAGUAUAGUACAAGUACCUGAGUUAAUGAAUAUACCUU